AAGAUCACCCUACUGACGUUGUUAUUGCCAUCGACAUGGAAUCGCCAAAGCAUCAGGACACGACGCCGCAUGGAAUGGUUUUUACCAACGCAACUCCUACUACGGCGACCUGGAACGCAACGAGUUUCCAAGAAAGAUCGGAUCAAAUAGUCGACGUUGAGUUUGAGACGGAGGGAGGACACUUCGAAGAGGAUGGAAUGAUGACUGGUGCUGAAGUCGAGAUGACAACCGCACCUACAUAUGGCGAAGAAUAUGAAUAUGAAAUGACCUAUGACACUGGUGCUGCAGACCCAGGUUAUGAGGUUGAAGAUGCCGAGGUCCUCGAUGCGGAAGUUUUGGAUGCAGCCCAUGGCGCUGAGCCACAUGUUGAAGGAGGUUUUGUGCCCUUUGUGCACGAGAUAUCCGAAACUGUCUUUGCGCCCUCUCAUAUUGCUGAACCUGAAACCUUAGAAGCCUCUAGUUAUGCUCCACCCCCGCUCAAUGCCGCAGAAACGCAAGCUCCCGAGCAUGAAAGCAAGGUGGAGCCCUUGGCGACCAAUGAUCACAAAAACGAGGCCCCAGUAGUAUCUGAGGCUGAAAGCACAAACCCAAAUCCCCCAGAGGAGGCCACAACCGUCGAACCUGCCCAGAUCAACCUUGAAGCUCCUAUUGCUGACAGGAGGCCAACACCGCCUGCAGACGAACAGAGGGCAGAAGUCACGGCCUCACCCUCACUUGCCAAAUUAGCGACAGAGCAAGAAGCGAGCCUUGAGUUGAAGGAGCCGCCACCAGAGACAUCAGAGGUGCAUGUCACAGAAGGCGGAGAGGAACCUGAAGAGGUAGUCGCUGUGCCCGAGGAAACUUAUGACGAAGGAGAUGCUUAG